AUGUAAAAUACAAAAUUUUUAUACAAAAUUCACAUUUUUAUUGUAAACUCUCAUGAACUCAUGCACGUCACUGGACAGUCUCACGUGGGCGUGUUUGGAGCUGAACGUGCCGCAUUAAGCGCAUCAGUCGCGUGCAGUUCAACAACUUAUCUGGCUUCUUCAUUUAAAUGUACAAAGAAGACACAUUAAAUGUAGUUGGUUAUGGCACUGCCGGCAAGACCACAUAUUUUCUUAGGAAUUUUUGCAGUUAUUCAGAUUAAAUUUACCUUACAGGAAUUGCCAUCCAGUGGUAAGUUUUUUAGUUUUUUUGCAUGUUUUCAUUCAGUCUUCCACAGCAGAUUGGAUUCAGAGCGCUUUCCAGAAGGUGUGACAAAUGAGAGUCAUGACAACUUAUCCAUUAAGAGAGAUAUGGAUCAUAUCUACUACACAUCCAAAUUCUAUGGGCCCACAGAUAGUCCAGACAAGGAUUUGUGGGUAAAUACUGAGCAAAUGGACAUGGGAAGAGUUCAUGGAAUUCUCUCCAACACACAUUGCCAAACUUUGCGAGUGAAUCUGUCCUUUCAUUUCCCUUUCUACGGACAUUCAUUAAGGGAAAUACAUGUAGCUACAGGGGGUUUCAUCUACACAGGAGAUGUUAUCCACAAAAUGCUGACUGCUACUCAGUACAUCGCUCCUCUCAUGGCUAAUUUUGACCUCAGCAUCUCACAGAAUUCCACAGUCAUUUACUGUGAUAAUGGCACAGCUCUUGUUGUGCAGUGGGACCAUGUGUAUCUCCAGGAUGUGUCUCAUGUCGGCAGUUUUAUCUUCCAGGCAGCUUUAUACAAGGAUGGCAGAAUCACCUUUGCAUAUAAAGAGGUUCCCAUUGACAUUAGCAAGAUCAAAUCAGUGAAUCAUCCUGUGAAAGUUGGGCUCUCUGAUGCAUUUGUGAUUCUUCAUAAGAUUGAACAGCUUCCCAAUGUUAAAAGGAGAACAAUAUAUGAAUAUCAUCGGGUAGAGCUCUUAAAAUCCAAGAUCUCAAACGUCACUGCUGUUGAGAUGCUUCCUCUACCAACCUGCCUUCAGUUCUCCAGCUGUGAGACGUGUGUUACGGCUCAGAUCGGCUUCAACUGUAGCUGGUGCAGUCGCCUACAGAGAUGUUCCAGUGGUUUUGACCAGUAUCGUCAGGACUGGGUUGACAGUGGGUGCUUAAUUGAGAUAAAGAACCAGAGCUGUGACAGAAAGCAGCCUGGCAUUAGAAGCAGCACUCCAGCGGUGCAGACAGGAGUGACGGCAGUGUCUAUAACUACAACAACAUCACCCACAUCAGCCUCCUCAGUCACCACCAAACUCACCAGCACACCCUUAUUCAUAAGAAAUCUUUCUACCAGCAUCCUCACAGACGACUCACAGAUGGACAUUAUAGAGAAGCAAACAGAGGAA